AUGAGCGGAGGCCGCUUUGACUUUGACGAUGGCGGGGCCUACUGCGGGGGCUGGGAGGCGGGCAAGGCCCACGGGCACGGGCUGUGCACCGGCCCCAAGGGCCAGGGCGAGUACUCGGGCUCCUGGAACUUUGGCUUUGAAGUGGCGGGUGUCUACACCUGGCCCAGCGGCAACACCUUCGAGGGCUACUGGAGCCAGGGCAAGCGGCACGGGCUGGGCAUAGAGACCAAGGGCCGCUGGCUCUACAAGGGCGAGUGGACGCACGGCUUCAAGGGGCGCUACGGCAUCCGGCAGAGCAGCAGCAGCGGCGCCAAGUACGAGGGCACCUGGAACAAUGGCCUGCAGGACGGCUAUGGCACCGAGACCUACGCGGACGGAGGGACCUACCAAGGCCAGUUCACCAGCGGCAUGCGCCACGGCUACGGCGUGCGCCAGAGCGUGCCCUACGGGAUGGCCGUGGUGGUGCGCUCGCCGCUGCGCACGUCGCUCUCGUCCCUGCGCAGCGAGCACAGCAACGGCACGGUGGCCCCGGACUCGCCCGCCUCGCCCGCCUCGCCGGCCGCCGACGGCCCCGCGCUGCCCUCGCCCGCCAUCCCGCGCGGCGGCUUCGCGCUCAGCCUCCUGGCGCACGCCGAGGGGGCCGCGCGCGCCAGCAAGGGCGGCGGCCUCUUCCAGCGGGGCGCGCUGCUGGGCCGGCUGCGGCGCAGCGAGUCGCGCGCGUCCCUGGGCAGCCAGCGCAGCCGCGUGAGCUUCCUCAAGAGCGACCUGAGCUCGGGCGCCAGCGACAACGCGUCCACCGCCAGCCUGGGCGAGGGCGCCGAGGGGCCCGACGAGGCGGCACCCUUCGAGGCCGACAUCGACGCCACCACCACCGAGACCUACAUGGGCGAGUGGAAGAACGACAAGCGCUCGGGCUUUGGCGUGAGCGAGCGCUCCAGCGGCCUGCGCUACGAGGGUGAGUGGCUCGACAACCUGCGCCACGGCUACGGCUGCACCACGCUGCCCGACGGCCGCCGCGAGGCGGGGAAGUACCGCCACAACGUGCUGGUCAAGGGCACCAAGCGCCGCGUGCUGCCGCUCAAGAGCAACAAGGUGCGCCAGAAGGUGGAGCACAGCGUGGAGGGCGCCCAGCGCGCCGCGGCCAUUGCGCGCCAGAAGGCCGAGAUCGCAGCCUCCAGGACAAGCCACGCCAAGGCCAAAGCUGAGGCAGCAGAACAGGCCGCUCUGGCUGCCAACCAGGAGUCCAACAUUGCCAGAACGUUGGCCAGGGAGCUGGCUCCAGACUUCUACCAGCCAGGCCCGGAGUAUCAGAAGCGCCGGCUGCUGCAGGAGAUCCUGGAGAACUCAGAGAGCCUCCUGGCGCCCCCGGACCGCAUCCCGGUGCCCGCCGACCUCCCGGGGCGCCCCCGUGAGAGCCCGCAGCUGCACGAGCGCGAGACCCGCGGCCCGGGGGGCUCGCCGUCGCCGGCCGGGACGCCCCCGCAGCCCAAGCGGCCGCGCCCGGGGGCCACCAAGGACGGCCUGCUGAGCCCGGGCGCCUGGAACGGCGACGCGGGCGGCGAGGGCAGCCGACCGGCCACGCCGUCGGACGCCCGGGGCCGCCGCAGCCCCGCGCGGCCGGCCAGCGAGCACAUGGCCAUCGAGGCGCUGCAGGCCCCGCCGCCGCCCGCGCGCGAGCCCGAGGUGGCCCUGUACCGCGGCUACCACAGCUACGCCGUGCGCACCGGGCCGCCCGCGCCCCCGCCCCUGGACGAGGAGCCGGAGCCCGACGUCCCCAGGCCCGGCUCGGCGCCCCCGUCGGCCGCCGCCCCCGAGCAGCCCCCCGCGCCCCGCGUCCCCGAGCCCCGGCCCGCGAGCCCCGCCAAGCUGGAGCCCAAGCCCAUCGUCCCCAAAGCCGAGCCCAAGGCCAAGGCCCGCAAGACGGAGGCCCGGGGCCUGACCAAGGCGGGGUCCAAGAAGAAGGCGCGCAAGGAGGCUGCGCUGCUGGCCGAGGCCGAGGUGGAGGUAGAGGAGGUCCCCAACACGGUCCUCAUCUGCAUGGUGAUCCUGCUCAACAUCGGCCUGGCCAUCCUCUUCGUUCACCUACUGACCUGACCCUCCUCUACCAGAGCCUGGAGUUCCUGCUGAGGACGGCGGACCAUCUUUAUGCAGUGCCAGGCAGGGUGGCCGAGGAGGACUGGACUCUAGCUAGAUCCUGGGGGUCCGGCUCACACCCAUGCCGCAUCG